CCUGCAGGCCUGUCUUCGGACAGCGCCUUCCACCGCAACCAGUGGGAUAUGCUACGCAGCAGGGGCCAUGCAGCAUCUUCAGACCAGUGCAGAAGCAUUCCUCGGCGGAGCCUACAGCAGCGGGGGAGCAGCAGCUGGGAGCUCGGAAACCCUGCAGGCCUGUCUUGAGACGACGCCCUUUACGGCAACCAGCGGGUUGCGCUACCAGGCAGCAGGCACCGUGCAGCAGCUCCAGGCUGGUGCAGAAACAUUCCUCGGUGGAGCCUCCAGCAGCGGGGGAGCAGCAGCCGAGACCUCGGAAACCCUGCAGGCCUGUCUUAGGACGACGCCCUUUACGGCAACCAGCGGGUUGUGCUACGCAGCAGGGGCCAUGCAGCAUCUCCAGACCGGUGCAGAGCCAUCUACGAUGGAGCCUCCACCAACAAGGAAGCAGUGGCCGGGACCUCAAGGGGAACCCUGCAGGCCUGUCUUCGGACAGCACUCUUCACCACAACCAGCGGGAUAUGCUACGUAA